GGCAGGACAAAGAUAGCAGCCACGAACCAGUCAGCACAAGGCGCUCUGACUGACGGGCACCAGGGUUGGGCUGGGUAUAAACACCAUCCACUCAGCAGAUGCAGCGCAGCUGGGCGAGACAAGAAGGUGAGAGUCCGUCUGGUGCUGGAGACACGCUUCAUCAUGUCGACUCCAUCGAAGAUCGAGGUGGCGAUGCAGAACCUGAUAGAUGUUUUCUAUCAGUACACUACAGGCGACAAAUGCACCCUGACCAAGCCUCAGAUGAAAAGACUGGUAGAGAUUGAACUAAACCAGCUCACCAAGAAUAAGAAAAACGUUGAAUACUUUGACAAGCUGAUGAAAGAUUUGGAUUUUGAUGGUGACGGAGAAAUGAAUUUUGAGGAGUUUGUGUCAUUUAUUGCAGGAAUCAUGUUUUCCUGUAAUGAAUUAUAUAUUCAAAAGAAGCAACAAAUGGCAAAGGACUGUAAAAAGUAAUCUGCAAUAUCAACUCUAUCAUGUGAAUAUACUGGAGAGCCUUCAGUGACCAACCUGUGUAGUACCCUUGUUAUCCCUAUUUUUAAUCCAAAUAAUAAAAUGAUUAUGACUGGA